UACGGUCCUCCCGUAUUUCUUCCGUAAACUGACUGAAACGUUCAAUAAUUCACCAGCGUGAGCGAAGCCGUAAAAUCAUGGACACGAUUUAUUACGAGCAUUAUUUGUCGCAUAUAUGCGUAAUGAACGCAGAUACGCGAGGACCUUAUCUCGCGGACAGUUACAUAAAAAAAAAAAAAAAAAAAAAAAAAAGAACAGAAAAGAGAAACUACUGAAAUAUAAUCUGACCCGAGGAACGUGAAGCGAGGACCGAGACCCCGGAGCACCGAUUUCUUUGUAAAUAUCGCGAUCGAACAGUGUUCCUCUUUACUCUGUGCCGAUUAGAAACUUAUAGACUUCAGAUUAGAAACAUCAGUUCUUAGCAUUGGUGUUUUCAUGCUUGCCGCGUUUCCCUCGGUAUCGCAAUCUUAAUAGUUACUGGAUACGUUUAUUGGUAAACUUGCGGGAACGAGCUUUAACAACAAGUCGUAAAAACUCUUUGCUGCGAAAACAGUUAACAGCGAUUAAUUUGCUGUACGAAAAGUUGAGCGAUCAACUCCUUGGUGACGGCGAGGAUAAGAGAAAAAGGGUCUCGUUCGAUAUCGACACGAAAAUGCUGAAAAUUGGAUUCAUCGGAGGCGGAAGAAUGGCCCACUCUCUGGCCAAGGGUUUCAUUCGCGCCGGCUUAAGCAAGGGUGAAAUGAUGUUGGCGAGCUGUCUUCAAAACGACGUGAGCAGCAUAGACUCGUUCAAGGAAAUAGGAUCGAAAACCGUAUUUUCCAACGGGCCUGUGGUCGAAUAUGGCGACGUUCUUAUUCUGUCUGUGAAACCGCAAGUGGUUCCACAAGUUCUUCCGGAUUUAAAAAAUUACAAUAAACUUUUGCUGUCUAUCGCUAUGGGCGUUCCGUUGGCAUCGUUAGAAAAGGCUCUACCAGAUGGAACACCGGUGAUAAGAGUGAUGCCUAAUACACCAGCCCUCGUUGGAUGCGGUGCAUCGGUGUUUGCUCGUGGAAAAUACGCCGGUGACAAAGAAGCCGAAAUAGCGGAGAAGUUGUUUUCCGCCGUUGGUAUCUGCGAAGAGAUACCCGAAUACUUAAUCGAUCCCGUUACUGCUCUGGCUAGCUCUGGUCCUGCAUACGUAUACAUGAUGAUAGAGGCUAUGGCUGAUGGAGGCGUAAAAAUGGGACUCACGAGAUCGACCGCUUUAAAGUUAGCAGCGCAAACUGUUCUUGGCGCUGGUACCAUGGUCAAAGAAACGAAUAUCCAUCCAGGACAACUGAAGGACGAUGUGGCGUCGCCAGCAGGGUGUACCAUAGCAGGAAUUCAUUAUCUGGAACAGCAAGGUUUGAGAUCAGCUGUAAUCGGUGCGGUUGAAGCUGCUACGAAGCGAUGCAAGGAAGUUAACGCGCUCUCGGACGUAAGUUAAAAUUGAACGAAAAUGCGAUGACGCAGCAGGAACAAAGGGAAUAGAAAAGUAGUCUUGAAAAUUAUAGAAAGGAAAUUAAAUUAUAGUCAUAACGUGCUUUAACUUGCUACAUUUUUUCGUACAAUAUUGUAUUUUUCAUUUAUGCAUUGUAUAUGAAAUGUGUGAUUUAAUCUUUUUAGAAAUAUUUUAUGUAUUUUGUAAAUAAGUUCUUUAAUACGUUAAACGUUACAAUUGCAAUUUAUUGUCCGUUUAAGGCGUAGCGAUUAAAAAUAUAGAUCUGUUAUUUCUUGACAAUAAUGCAUUUUACAACGAAUUACAUUUUACAACAUAUAAAAAUGUGUAAAUAUUUUUUGUUUUGUAAUAACAUUUAUAUACAUACGUUUUCGCUUAUAAUUAAGCAGUAUAGUAACUAUAUCUGAACUCUGUACAGUGUAAACUUUAUAAUAAUAAUCUUUAAAUAGAUUACACGACAUACAGUAUAAAAUACAGCCUUACGUACUGAAAUACAUACAAAAUUAUGUAUCAUUUUAUAUUUAUGUUUUACAACAAAUUUUAUAGUCGACACUUGUGCGUCACAUAUAAAUAUUAUCGUGAAAUAAAGAUGUUCGAUGAUA